AUUCAAACCACACAUUAAAAAACACCCAAAAGUCAGAAGUUUCUAGAGUCUCACAAACAUUUAAAAUUCAAACAACCAUACAAUGGUGGAUACAGGUGGUGUCAGAGGCAAGUGUUUUACGGCGGGUAGAAACGCUAUAGCAAAACCUUGCGAUCUUUGCAAAGAUGCUAUAGCUUUGCUGUUCUGCCGUAAACAUAGCAACUUUUUGUGUAUGUCAUGCGACUCCAAGUUACAUGACAACACAAAACACGAACGUGAGUGGUUGUGCGAAGUAUGUGAGCAAGCGCCGGCCAGUGUCAGCUGUAAAGCUGACAUGGCCGCGCUGUGUAUCACAUGCGAUAAAGACAUACACUCGGUGAACCCGCUAGCUAGCCGUCACGAGCGGAUUCCCGUGGUCCCGUUUUAUGAUUCCGCUGAAUCCGUUGUGAAUUGUACUACCUCGCUUGCUAGCUUGAUAGACCCGGUUUCUUGUUAUGGAACAAGUGAAUUAACUUCAUACGAAUUAGCCGAAGUAGUGAAGCCUAUAGAUUUGUACACUGCGGAUAUACCUUUUUUUGAUUUCGGUUUUGCGAUUCCAUCAGAUGUCGUCACAACACUUGAUACUCAUUUACAUGAUCAUUCUGUUAGUGAUUGUAUGGUUCCGAUCGAAGCCACGACGACACAAGUCGUGCAACAUAAAUCGCCAUACGAAUUCAAUCUCACCAAAUCAGUUAGUUCCAAUUCUUACAACAAAAGUGGGUCUCAAUCGCAUAGCCAUAGUGUUUGUACAUCUUCAAUAGAACCCGGAGUUAUACCCGAAGAGAAUUCGAUGUUAGAGAUAUCAGCACAACCAUUAAUUAUACCGGUAAAUGUUGGGGGAACAAAUAUUGUGCCAAAAGCAAGGCAGUUAUGUGCAGUUGAUAGGGAGGCAAGGGUUUUAAGGUAUAGAGAGAAGAGGAAGAAUAGAAAGUUUGAGAAGAAAAUUCGAUAUGCUUCACGAAAGGCGUAUGCUGAGAAACGACCAAGGAUCAAAGGCCGGUUUGUUAAGCGAUCCGAGUUAAGGAUGGAGUUAGAUGUUGAUAGGUGGUUGUUCAAUCCGGAGGCUAAUAUUAGUAGUUAUGGUCCAGGGGUUGAUCAAUAUGGUGUGGUUCCUUCAUUUUGAAGCUGAAGGAUGUUUGUGUUAUUUGUAUAUGUAAUUAAGUAUAUAACAACUUUACAGUCGGUUGGUCAUUAGAAGAAGAUAAUUAAAUUUGUUUCAAUA